CCGGCGGACGCCGCUGACAGAGAGGCAGGCGGAAGGCGGCCGCAGGAGCGGCCUGCCCCCGCCACCACCCUGGGAAGAUGGGGCGGCCUGCCGGGAUUCGGCGCUGAAGGGAAGCGCGGCGAGACGGAGAGAAGGAAGGGGCGGGGCUUCGGUGAGAGACAGGAGCAGCUCCCCCUCUCCGUGAGGGAGGGGGGGAAAGGCCGAUCAUGACUUCACAGUUGGGCCACUGAAGCACGAGUGCGUUCCCUGUUGCCAUGACGACGGGCGACUGCUGCCACCUUCCUGGUUCGCUGUGCGAUUGCCCCGGAAGCGCCGCCCUGUCCAAGUCAGUGGAAGACUCCGACCUUGGGCGGCCCCAGUAUGUCACCCAGGUCACGGCCAAGGACGGCCGGCUGCUCUCCACGGUGAUCAAAGCCCUGGGGACCCAGAGUGAUGGCCCCAUCUGUCGGAUCUGUCAUGAAGGUGGAAGUGGAGAGGGCCUGCUGUCCCCCUGCAACUGCACCGGCACGCUGGGGGCCGUCCACAAAAGCUGCCUGGAGAAGUGGCUGUCCUCCUCAAACACCAGCUACUGUGAACUCUGCCACACUGAGUUUGUCGUGGAGAGAAGACCCCGACCCCUGACAGAGUGGCUGAAGGACCCCGGGCCACGCAGUGAGAAGCGGACCCUCUUCUGCGACAUGGUGUGUUUCCUCUUCAUCACCCCGCUGGCUGCUAUCUCGGGCUGGCUGUGCCUCCGUGGAGCCCAGGAUCACCUGCAAUUCAACAGCCGCUUGGAAGCCAUCGGCUUGAUUGCGCUGACCAUAGCACUUUUUACUAUCUAUGUCCUCUGGACGCUGGUUUCAUUCCGCUACCAUUGCCAGCUGUACUCGGAGUGGCGAAGGACCAAUCAGAAAGUCCGCCUGAUGAUCCCAGACUCACGAAACCCUCACCCUGUUCAGCACUCCCUGCUGUCAGCCAAGCUCCUGAAGAAGAAGGCUGAUGAGACGACCGUAUGAGCUGGGAGUGGCCUUGGCGGGGAAUCUCCCAGCCCCACACCAGGCGGCCGUGGCAAAGACUCGUCUGAACAAUCAACCCGACCAAAGGGGCGGGGGGCUGAAGACCAUAGGACAACAAGGAAGCUCCGGGCGUGUGCAAUGACUUUGGGAGGUGACCCAGAGAGAGCCUCCGUCGGCCAGACUCAGUCCUCCAAAGGAACACACGGGGAAGAAAAUCGUCUCCCUAUAUCCGUAACCCUAUAUCCUAUUAUAUUAUAAUAAUUAUUAAUGUUUAUACUUUUGCCACUAUGAUUGAAUUUCCACCCCCUCCUUGCGUUCGGGGCCCCAGUGCUGUUUGAAAUGUCCCACGUGAAAGACCCGGAGCCGAUCCGCAGGUCCCUGCUCUGAUGCCACCAGAUGGUUCUCCCUUCUCGCGUUGACAGGUCAAGCAAGUUGCUGGGAGUGCAUCUUCUAUUUUGCCACACAGUUAGCCCCCAGCCCCCCCCCCCCAAAAAAAAGAAAAAGACAAGCCAACAUGUUCCUUUCAGGACAUAACGUCAGCUGUCGAAGCUAGAAGAGGAGGGGGGUGUUUGCAAGAAAUAUUUGCCCCACAGAAUGGGCAAGAUACAUUUUAAAAUAAUGCUCCCAACUCCCUCCACCUGCCCCACGCAUCAGAAAAGUUGACCUGUAAAUUGGCCUGUUGUCUGACCUCAUGCUGGGAGUGAAUUGGUGCUCUUAUUAAGAAUUUGAGGGGGGUGGGAGGUUUACUCCCCUUUUGGCUCCCUCCCCCAUGUCUAUAAGCCCCCUUUUUGUUUUGCACUAGAUGGGUUUUUGAGUGAGUCCAGCCUUCCCUUCUUGUUUUCCCUUCUGCUCUGUCCGUGCUGUUAUCCCUUUGAAAAGAUUAUGUGUGUUUUUGGAGAAUGGAUUUUAAGUGUAAUAAUCCCAGGAGGAGUAAAAAUGAACUAAUGCUGAA